GUGGUGGGGGACUUCCUUCUUUGGGUCAUCUUUGGUGGUGAUUUGACAGGAAGGAACAAAGUGGCUUCAAACAUAUAAGUUUCUGGUCUGUUCUGUGUCCUGUUUUCUUUCUCAUUCUUUCAGUGUGGAAUCUGUAUGACCCUGGGAGGGAUGCUGGUUGGGAGAAUGACCAGCUGAUGGAGAUGCUGCUGUAAUGAUUGGUGUUAAUAAUGGGCAGCAGUGAGCCACCUGGUGUGACAGUGUAGGAGAAAACAGUCCAAACUCCCGCCAAACUCUCUCUACUGAUGGCAAAUCAGCGGAGACUCACAUUGUAAAUUUAUCGUGGUCUGGCUUUUGGCUAUGAUAGUGACACCUUGCCCUUUUAAUUUGGGCCCGUAAAAAUAUUCAUUGAAAGCUCUCAAGAGGAAAACAGAAUUGGUUAUUGAAUCACUUGCUUCCUCUAGGUGUAUGAAAAAUAAUUUCAAGUUUAAUAAAUACAAGGAAACCGCAGGGUCCAUGUCAAAGCUGAUGAGCUAUUUCUGAAACUCGUGCAGAAUUGUGGUUUGUGUGGUCUAUGUCACGGCACCCUUGAUGGAGAGCGGGCAAUUGCCUGAACUUGGAGGCUGUGUCCUGUCCUCCAGGCUGCUACAGGGCUGCCUCCUUCCGGCUGGGCCUUCUUAUCUGGGACUGUUGAGGGCGACAGGCCUUCCGAAGACCAGUGAAGAAGGAGGCCCUGUAGACAAGAGGCUGACAGGGUAGGAAUAAGGCCAUGAUACCUUUGCAUAAGGACAACCAGGAGGAGGGUGUCUGCCCCAUCUGCCAGGAGAGCCUGAAGGAGGCCGUGAGCACCAACUGCGGACAUCUCUUCUGUCGAGUGUGCCUGACACAGCACGUGGAGAAGGCCUCAGCCUCCGGGGUCUUCUGCUGCCCCCUCUGCCGGAAGCCCUGUUCUGAGGAGGUGCUGGGGACAGGCUAUAUCUGCCCCAACCACCAGAAGAGGGUGUGCAGAUUCUGUGAGGAGAGCAGACUUCUUCUAUGUGUGGAAUGCCUGGUGUCCCCUGAACACGUGUCUCAUCAUGAACUGACCAUAGAAAAUGCCCUCAGCCACUACAAGGAACGACUCAACCGCCGGAGCAGGAAGCUCAGAAAGGACAUUGUGGAACUUCAGCGACUCACGGCUCAGGAGGAGAAGAAACUGCAGGCUCUGCAGCAGUGGCUGGGCCAGCUGGAGGCCAUGCCAGCAGAAGUGGCCAGAAUCCUUGACAUCUCCAGGGCAGUAACACAGCUCAGCAGCCUGGUCAUUGAUCUGGAGAGGACGGCCAAGGAAUUAGACACCAACACACUGAAGAAUGCUGGUGACUUACUGAACAGGAGCACUCCACAGAAAUUAGAGAUUAUUUAUCCCCAGUUGGAGAAAAGAGUCAAUGAAUUGCUUCUUCAGCCAUCCUCAGAAGCUCUGACCUGUUCAUCCCUGGGACACCUCACUUCACGCUCACCUCAGCCUCCUCUCUCUCCUUUCUCCAACCUGUCCAGGCCCCCAUUAGAUCUACCCAGUGCAUCUUCAGGCUUGCCAGCUCCUGAACAUGUCCCCAUUUCUUCAUGCCCACCAUCAUCACCUGAUGCCUGACCCUCUGACUCUUGGACAAUGGUCAGCCCCCUUCUAGGACAGGCUCAUGCUUGGGGCUGCCACUGUGGAGGUCGGGGCCCAUGGUCUCCAGGACCAUUUGUGAAAUCUCCAUUUUGCCUGUGAACUGACAGUAGUGCCCAUCUCUCAUAAUCUCAUUAAAAUAGGAUCCUCCAGGCCUCUGAAUGGCCUGAGCUCAUCAGCAGUGACGCCACCUCACAUAUGGAGCCCAACUGAGCUCCUGCAAUACUUGUUGUCUGCACCACUCACCUGGCACUUAUUUAUGAUUGUUGUGGAAGAUAGUCUCAAAGACGGCCUCCCUUCGUGAUCCUCACCUCUUAGAAUUAAUGCCCUUGUUCGGUCCCCUUCCCUUGAGUGUAAGUGGGAUCUGUGACUCACUUCAAAUCAAUAGAAUAAGGCAAAAGUGAUAGGGUGUCACUCCGGCAACUGUGUUGCAUUGUAUAGAACUCCUCCUUGCUGGCCUGCCCAUUUAGAGCCCCUUCUAGGAGCCAAGAGCAGUCUCCAGCCUCCAGCCAACAAGCAGAGGCCCUCAGUCUUAUGGCUGCAAGAACCUGAAUUCUGCCAACAACCUGAGUGAGCUUGGAAGCAGAUUCUUCCCCAGCUGAGCCGGUUGAGAACCCAGUCCAGCCAACACCUUGAUUAUAGUCUUGUGAGUACCUAAGCUGAGGACCCAGUGAAGAUGUGCCAGAAUUUCUCACCCACAGAAAUGGUGAGACAAAAUGUGUGUGUGUGUGUGUCUGUUUUUUU